CUAUUGUAGAUAGACCUGGAGUUGAUGUAUUGGGCCAGAUUCCUUCAAAGAAAAAUUAUGAAUGUGUUUGCCCCAACUGCCAGCGCCACCUAGCAGCUUCCCGGUUUGCCCCACAUUUAGAAAAAUGUAUGGGAAUGGGACGUAACUCAUACCGUAUAGCCAGACGAAGAAUUGCCAACAACCAGAAGCAAGGCAGUGAUGAAAGUGGCCAGGAUGACGAGAAUGACAAUGACUGGAAUUACACACCAGAAUCACGACGCUUGAAAAGACUCAAGAAAGACAAAACUUCAAAUUCACCACGGAAUCGAAGACUGACCAAACUCAGAAAUGGGGGCUCCAGCCAUGACUUGGCCCAAGUUUCAGGAGAGUCCAAUGAGAGCCAAGAGACAGCUCAGGUUUAUGAGGCUAUGACAUUAGAGGACAAGAAAGCCUUGCUUCUUAAUAGUUGUGGCGUAGUGUCAGAGCACACUAAACGUAUGUGCACCAGAACAGGCAAGUGCGUACAACAUACAGAUGAGCAGCGACGUCAGGUCCGUCAGCUACUUUUGAGACAAAGCCGGGCCCAUGAGGUCGAGGACAUGCAUAUUGAUAUUGACACUUAUGAUGACGCAGAGUCCCAGUCCUUGAGGGAAUCCCUGCAAUGGGAGGCUUCCUCUAAUUCAUCACCUGCAGAUUCCACAUCAACAAAUAAUAGGACAGGCGCUGGCUCCCAGAAGAGGUCCGGAAAACAGUCUGGUAAAGUCAGCAAAGCCAAGAAGCAAAAGAUGGGGAAGCCAAGUGUGUCCAGUUCAAGCAGUGCGGGCAGCAGUAACAAAGAUCAAAACAGUGCUAACCUCUUGGAUUUCAACUGA